UAAUAUAAUUAUAAUUAAUAGUGUUAUUUGGUUUCAGACUUUGCAUAAUGGAAUCAAAAAAAUUUUUUUUGGUUACAUUUUUAGAUGAAGAUGAUGCUCCUGGCAUAGUUUCAUCAAAGUGGUUAAGAUACCAACACUUGUUAUUACCCUAAUGUAUGCACUGAAGAAAUCAAAAACAAACUUGAAGAAGAUGCCUGCACCUGAAGCAACAUGGUCACAAUAUCAAAUAAAAAUACUUAAAAGUUAUGAAACUUAUGGCGAAGCACGAUUACAUUUAAAAAAAGCAGAAGAAACCUGAAAUUUGGACUCAGACGAAGCAGAAAAUGAUGUUACAAAUGAAGUGACAGUGGACAUAAUGUCUGCUGUAAAUUACCCAGUCACCUCCGGUUCUAAAGAGGCCAAGCAAACACAACUCAAAGCUGUUAACUGCCAAUCAGAGUGCAUUACAAACAAGCAAUAUGCUAUACAGCAGAGUCAUAUGAUUCAGAUUGUGUCAGACCUAGCUAACCAAAUGGCUGAAAUCAAUAGAAAAUUGGAUUUACCGUUAGCUAGGUCCGAAGAAACAUUUUCACCAACAGAUGACAAUGCAGGUCUUUCAGAACUUUUGAUGUCAUUUUUGUCUGGUAUUGGCGGCAGAAAUGUAAGAAGCCUUACGACUAAUAUGUUGAGACGAAUAAUUCUAAAUGAUGUAGCCGAGUUGCAUUCGUUAACUGGGAAACAGAUGAAAAAUUCGAAUAAAAAGUCAUUUAUGAGUACAGAAACCUAUAAAUUAAUCUUUCAAAUAUGUAGAAAAAUCAACGAAGAUGUAACUGAAGACAGUCUAAAAGAAAUUAUAAGUGAUUGGCUAAAUCAAGCUAAAGUUAGACUUUCAAAAAGAGCAGAAACACAAAAUAAAGAAAAAACCAAUAGCGGCGACCAUGAAACCGAUUUUUUCUCAUUUAAAGUAAGAUAAGAUAAAAGUAUAAAUAAUAAAAAAAUAUAUGUUA